AUGAUGAAUUACGGGAGGCUUGAACCAAAAUCACAAGCCGAAUCAUCAGAAGAAGCGGCUAACAAACCACCCACAAAAUCAAAAUCGAAGCUAAAACUCCUCCUCCUCGUCAUCGGAAUCAUCCUCACUGUGGCGUCGGCGGUGUCGGUGACACUGGCAGUAACGCUCCGACCAAAGUCGUCCGGCGGAUCUGGUUCAAUGAUCCGGCCGAAACCGACGAAAGCCAUUUCCCGGGUGUGCAGCCGUACACUCUACCACAACUUGUGCGUGAACUCGUUUCUGGAUUUCCCGGGUUCACUGAGCGCCACGGAUAAAGACCUGGUUCAUAUUUCACUGAGCUCAAAUCUGAUUGUGGCGGUGAUGGUGUAG